UUCAUUAUCAAGCGAUAGAAAAACUUGAGGCCUGUUCUUUCUCUUAAACCCUUAAAACCUCUGGUAUUGAACAGAACACGAAACAAGUACCAUCGAAAUCGAAGAUGCAGGGUGUUGUACUAAGAAAGCUACCCAGGGCAUUUGCAUACAAACAAGUUCUAGGUUUUCGUUCCUAUUGCACUGAAAAUGUUGUUGUCGAUAUUGGACAACCAACCUCUGCUUCUCAUCCUCAGCUACUAAAAGAUGGUGAGAUUACACCGCACAUAUCUAGUGAGGAAUACAUUCUAAGAAGAAAAAAGUUGUUGGAACUUCUCCCAGAGAAGAGUUUGGCCAUCAUUGCCGCUGCUCCAGUAAAGAUGAUGACAGAUGUCGUGCCUUAUACAUAUCGACAAGAUGCGGAUUACUCGUAUAUCACAGGCUGUCAACAACCUGGUGGUGUGGCCGUUUUAGGACAUGAUUGUGGUUUAUGCAUGUUCAUGCCAGAAGCUAAACCUUAUGAUGUGACUUGGCAAGGGCAAAUAGCAGGGGUUGAUGCAGCAUUAGAUACAUUCAAGGCUGACAAGGCUUAUCCAAUGCGAAAAUUGCGUGAGAUCCUUCCAGAUAUGAUCGGGGGGUCCUCAAAAUUGUUCCACAACGUUCAGACUGCAACUCCAGCAUAUAUGGAACUGGAGGCUGUCAAAAAGCUAGUUUACUGUAGCAAUGUCAGGGAUCUGUCUGUUUAUACCCAUCAGCUCCGAUUGAUAAAGUCAUCUUCUGAGCUCCAGCUGAUGAAGGAAUCUGCAUCUAUUGCUUGUCAGGCUCUUUUGUUGACAAUGCUGCAUUCAAAGACAUACCCUUUUGAAAAUAUGCUUGCUGCAAAGGUUGAAUAUGAAUGCAAAAUGAGAGGUGCCCAGCGAAUGGGAUUCAAUCCUGUGGUUGGUGGCGGGCCUAAUGCAAGCGUAAUACAUUAUGCUAGGAAUGAUCAGAAAAUUAAACAUGGAGACCUUGUUUUGAUGGAUGUUGGAUGUGAGUUACAUGGUUAUGCCAGUGAUCUAACUCGUGCCUGGCCUCCUUGUGGUAGAUUUUCUUCUGCUCAGGAAGAACUUUAUGAGCUUAUACUGGAAACAAGUAAGCGUUGUGUGGAACUUUGUAAGCCUGGUGUCAGCAUUCGACAAAUACACAACCAUUCGGUUGAAAUGCUGCAGAAAGGACUCAAAGAGAUUGGAAUUUUGAGAGGUGCUGGAAGCAGUUCAUACCAUAAGCUAAACCCAACUUCUAUAGGUCACUAUCUAGGAAUGGAUAUUCAUGAUUGUUCAACGGUCAGCCUUGACUGUCCUUUGAAGCCAGGUGUUGUAAUAACUAUUGAACCGGGAGUAUACAUCCCAUCUUCUUUUGAUGGUCCAGAGAGGUACCGAGGCAUUGGGGUAAGGAUUGAGGAUGAGGUGCUCAUCACAGAAACUGGUUACGAGGUCCUAACAGCAUCAAUUCCUAAAGAAGUGAAGCAAAUUGAGUCCUUGCUCAACAACUUCAGUCAUGGAAUGGGGAUGGAUGCCCAAAAUAACUUGAGAGCUACAUCCAGUUGAUGUUGCCCAUACACAUUCAAGAACCAGGACAAAGAAUCCUUGAGAUGUGCAUUGCAUUGUCAUAAUUCUAGGUAACUCAGAGGUCUCCUGCAUAAUAACUUCAACCCUGGCAACAUGAAUUCUACAAUCUUGAAAAAGGGAGAGGAAGGGGAAAAUGUAUUUACUAUAUUGCCAUCACUUGCUUUGGCUUUGGUUUUGGUUUUGGUUUGUUCCCCCAUUUAUGGUGAUUGGUUGAUUGUGGUGUUUCUUGUACGCAAUUGUUUCUCAUUUCUUGCCUGGCAUAUCAUUGCUGUAAAUGAUUGAUGAUAUUAUAAGAUGGCCAGCUGCUGUAAUUUUUUCAAGAAGUUGGAAUGUAAUCUUUUACACAAACUUUGUGACAAAUAUAAUAAUAAUCUUUACAAA